GCAUUUCAGAGCUGUCGCUGUCACAUACACACAGAGAGACAACAGUGACGUUCUGCAGAACCGGAAACAGGGGGCGGGCUCCGAUGAGGGAGCUGCCAGGGAUCGGGGAGCGGAGCUGGGAGAGGCCGAGGCUCGGGCCGGGGCCCGUAGAGCCACCGGGGACAUGCGAGGGGCAGCGGCGGAGGAGGAGGCGGCCGCGUCCUAUCGGGUGCUGAGCCGGUUGCUAGGCUGCGCUCCUGAGGCGGAGGACGCUGCAAGACCCCGGCUAAUGGUGUUCCGGAACAUGCUGAGAGGAGAGGAGGAGGGGGGAGAGGCCGCUCCGGAGCCCGAGGCUCUAGUGGAAGCGCUGCCUGCUGAAGGGAGCCCCCAGUCGGCGGAGCUGUGUAACCGGCACCGCAAGGCCGCGCAGCCCGGGCUGGGGCUGGAACUGCAACUGGGGGCCCUGGGACUGCGGGGGGCCGGCUGCCCCUGUGAGGAGACCAGCGAUGCGCUGUUAGUGCUGGAAGCGCCGGAGGCCCGCCGGCUGGAGGAACAGGAGGAAGGGGAGGCAGCGGGACAGGCCCCGAGCAGGAGGGCCCAGAACAGGAAGGCCUCCCUGCGGAACCGACUCUCCAGGAUCUUCCGCACCAAGAGCUGCGCCGGGCCCCCAGGAACUGCUGAGAGAGAGCUGGGGGGCUCCGGGGGGAGUCUGACUGACAUGUCCCGGGACAGAGAGUUGGAGCUUGGCAGGAAGCCGCGAUUGACCAGAACUCAAAGUGCCUUUUCUCCAGUCUCCUUCAGUCCGCUCUUCACUGGUGAAACGGUGUCGCUUGUGGACGUGGACAUUUCACAGAGAGGAUCCUCCUCUACACAUCCUCCCACUCCCCCUCCGCCUCCCCGUAGGAGCCUCAGCCUUUUAGAACCUUUACCACGCUUGGUUCCGCUAAGACCAACUGAGUGUGUCCCAGUUCCACUGGUGCAGCCGCUGCAGUGCCCCCUAUUUAAACAGGACCCUAGUAGCUUUGCUGCCAGCCUGCGGGAGCUUGAGAAGUGUGGUUGGUACUGGGGUCCAAUGAACUGGGAGGAUGCAGAAAUGAAGCUGAAGGCGAAACCAGACGGCUCCUUUCUGGUGCGAGAUAGUUCAGACCCUCGGUACAUUCUUAGUCUGAGUUUCCGAUCACAGGGCAUCACCCACCACACACGCAUGGAACACUAUAGAGGCACAUUCAGCCUCUGGUGCCACCCGAAGUUUGAGGAUCGCUGUCAGUCGGUAGUGGAGUUUAUUAAACGUGCCAUCAUGCACUCUAAGAAUGGGAAGUUCCUGUAUUUUCUUCGCUCGCGAGUACCAGGUCUCCCCCCUACCCCAGUUCAGCUUUUGUACCCCGUUUCCCGCUUCAGCAAUGUGAAGUCCCUGCAGCACUUGUGCCGCUUUCGUAUUCGGCAGCUGGUCCGGAUCGACCACAUUCCAGAGCUCCCACUACCCAAACCCCUCAUCUCAUACCUGCGCAAGUUCUAUUAUUACGACCCCCAGGAGGAGGUAUACCUUUGUCUAAAGGAGGCGCGGCAUCUGAACAAAUUGGAGUCUGGGAGCGAGAGCUCCACGUAGCGAGGAUUCCGCGCUUUCCCUCUUCAUAGGCCGAACCAGGAUGCAGAAUGCUGAGCAAGAGAACAAUGGAUGACCCUGGGGAUGUUUGAAUUAGAGGCUGCAGUUCUGACUGGCUAGCGUGGUCCCUCUUACUCCGGUAGCCACAUUGCCCCCUUUUGUAGGAGUUGGAAUACCAAGCAAGUUGUUUGGCACACCAAGCUUAUCCACAUUGGCACUGAGGGAGCUGAAGUUAUAUAGAGCCCUGCCUCCAUCCUCGGUGUUCUGGCCUAUCCCUGAACUGGAAACCAUCCCUCAAGGGUCAGGGGAAUUGGCAUUCUGUUCUCUAGGCCGCUCCAUCAUCUGGGUUUCCAUGGUUGUUCUACCGAUACUGUAACAGGAUACAAUGAGCGUAUUCAUCUCACAGAUGCUGAAUAUCUCCUUGAAGUGAAAGGGUACAGCCAAGCCGCGCCUGUCCCUGGCCACACACACAUGAUACUACUGAUGCUUUUGUCUCCCCACUGGACGUGGGAUCAGGUUUUUCAGUUUCUCCAGCGUUAUACUACUGAUUGGACUUGCUGUUACUUCUGCAACGUAGGGACUCCGUAUCCCAAAACUCUUGUCUCUUCUUAUCUCAAGAUUCCUUUCUCCAAGGUGUUAAAACCGGUCUAAACACUGGAGUCCGUUCACUGGAGAUCAAGCCAACUCCUUUAAUGAACUGGUUGCCAGACAGCCGGCGUACUUGAAGAGGUUCGUGGGUGGAAAGCGGAGAGCGAUGGUGAAUAUAUCUGCUGCCCUUAGCGGGAAGGACUGAUACCUUUCAUCCAUUUCACAGGACUAAAACAAAAAAAAAAAAAAACCAAGUUUCUUUUCCUCUCCAGCACAAUUCUUUCCCCCAUUUCCUCCCUCCCUUUUAUUCUUUUGUGUAUAUUUUGUUUCUUAUGCGCUUAAUUUAUUGAACGAUAGUCUGGGUGUAAUUUAUUUUCCCUUCCCUCGUUAUUCCCCCGCUGCUUGUGGGUUUUUUGAAUCUGUAACAAGGAAAACCGUAAAACAUUGGCGGUUGUUUCGGGGGGUUCUGUCCUGUGCGUGUGUGCGGCUUCUGUGCCCGUAUGGAGCCCCCCCCCCCCCCCCCCGUGGCCAGUUUGACGUGUCCUUCAAGCUCUGUUUGUACAUAUUGUCUUUUAGGCAUGACUGAGGCACAUCGGUUCAUUUCAAAAACAUAUAUAUAUUUUUGACUCCCCCGAAUAUUCCUUUCUUUGCAGUGGUUGAAUAGGAAAAAACUGCACAUUUGUUUUUUGUGUCAGUGGUCUGUCUUUCUACUUUGUCUCCUCGGUUUCCCCCCCCCCCCUGACCCAGAGAAACAAAAGCACUCGCCCCCCCCCCCCCUCUCUCCUCCUCACAUCCUCAUGGUGCUUCUGGGUCUGCACUUUGCUGUUGGAUUUUUCAAGAGGGGGCGGAGAGCGGGUUUAAAAUAAACUGUUUAGAAAUAACAG